AUGAAUAAUACAAUACAAUUACAACAACAACAACAACAACAACAACAACAACAACAACAACAACAACAAGAAUAUAAUGAGGUCACUAUUGAUCCAAUAGCAUUCCAACAACUAUCAUUCACAAGUAAUCCAUACUUUUAUACACCAUUUCAAAAGAUUUUCAACAGGUCAUUGGUCAAGUUCUGUGAUGACGAAGAAGAGGAGGAUAAUUACAAUGAAGAGGACGACGAUGAUGAAAGCACAUAUGAUCACGAACCAUUCGUAACAAGUCUUAUUGAUGAUAGUGACAAUGUCAUUACUCCGACGAAAGUGAGCAAGCAUGUGUCGUCAGAGUUGGUGUCCUCACCUCAGACUACCUCACCAACUUUGACAUCGACGACAUCAUCAAUAACUGAUAACAAACCAAAGAGGAUCAUACCAAAGAAGACUAGUAUACUAUCAACAGUCAACACACAACGCGAGGCGACAAUGAAGUUACAACAAAACCUAGAGGAACAACAAUUACAACAACGUGAUAGAGCGAGGUUGGCACGUAUAAAAGAGUUGGAACAGCGUGAGAAGGAACAGAGAGAUAAGGAGCAAAGGGAGAAAGAACAACGGGAGAAGGAACAGCGCGAGAAGGAAGAGAAGGAGAUGGAGAAGAAAAGGAAGAAACAAGAAAAGGAGGAUGCGAAGAAACAGGAGAAAGAGGCAAAGAAGAAAGAGAAGGAGGCCAAGAAAGCUGCUUCAUCUCCAAGCAAAAAGAAGGACACAACUCCAACUCCGACACCAACACCCACCAACAGUGGCGUAACAGUGGCAAGCGUGGAGUCCGAACAAUCUGCAUCAAUAUCAACAUCGUCAUCGUCUCUUUCAACAUCUGGAUCAUCAAUUGCAAUAUUCAAACCAUCAGACAUACCAUCGCGUCAAGCCAAGUCGCGAAUUGGUAAUCUAUUCACAGGAACUGGCUCAAUGUCAGCAUCACAACCAUUGGUUCCACCAGCAGUGCGCAAGCUGCCCUCGAUAAGGAACAGCAACAAACAGUUAGCCACUGACUCAUUGACUUCAUCAUCGUCAUCUCCAUCACUUGGAGCUGGCCCAGCCGCGACAUCAACAUCUACAACCCCUCAAGUACAAGCAUCUACUUUCUCCACAUCCAUCGCGUCAACAACGAAUUUACCAGCAGUCAUAACACAAGCUCAAGCAACCAAAAUAAUACCUCCAAAGACAACAAUAACAACAACAACAACAACAAUGGUACCACCAACAGAGCCAUUACUGGUCAAGAGGCCGAACAUCUAUCAUCAUAUCGACGAGGAGAUGGAGAGACUCAUAAGCGAGACACACAAGAGGAAGUUGAAAUGUAUAGAGACAAUGCCAAAGUAUUACAAGAAGACAGAGUCUGUUGAUAUAUCCACGAUGGUGCCUCUGUCUGGCGACCCCAUCCUCACACAUAGAGGAACAGUACUCCAACUUGGAAAGUGUCCAGUCUUUGAGAGAAUAGCUCUAAACUCUGAGAUACCCUUGGCCAACUACUAUCCUUCACCUGAUGAGCCAAUUGCAUCAUCGUCAACACAUUGGACAAAGAGUACUGUACCUCAAUUGUCCAAAGAUCCACAGAUACAGGCAUUAGUGGAAAAGAAUAAUAUUGAUAUUGUUCUGUCUUCGUCCACAUUCAUCAAGCUGAUCAACAACAUUGGACCAACUUAUAUCGAGGACUGGGAGGUACCCAUUCAAUCAAGAGAGUACAAGAAUCAAUUGGGCGAGACAAAGAAGGUGUUCAUACUUGACAAGCCGUUGUUGAAGCGAUCGAUGACUCACAGGGAGAGGAACGAGAAGUACUACAACUUGGCUGUAGAGUCAAUUGGCUUAUCCAGGGGCGAGCAAUCAAACUACCCACCGAUCCAUUUCUCAACACUGGAGGACCAGGCUGUCAACGACUCCAAUCGCUUCCUCCGCAACACCAACCUCACGUACAAUGUUUGGCGCUUUGGCGAGAUGAAGCUGCUCAUUCGUUGCAAGAUCCACGGUCUAGUCCCAGACCCCUCUUCACGACUCAAGGUGAGAUACGUGGGCAUCAAGACCAAGGUGGAGUAUCAUCCUGACAAGGGACUAGAGGAUGCACUGCCAAGCGAUACGGCCAAGUGGUGGUCGUACACAUACAUUCGUCCAGACGCCCAUCUCAUCUUUGCCCGUAUCAAUAUAUGGAAUCGCACCAUCAUGUCUCUGGAGAAGAAGGAGAUGACCCACAUACUGCAUCCAAAGUGCCAGUUCAACCCGGCCAAGUCAUCCAAGGUCACGCUGGAGCUGUUGAAGCAUGUUACGCGUCUGCCCGUCGGUGCUCAUCUGAUGAGUCACAGGUCAAGCGAAAGCUAUGUGCACUUCUAUCAAGAGGCAGACGUAGCAAACACUGCCAUUGAUGAGGUGAGCAGCAUGGUUGCAGACAAUCAGUUGUACGACGUUCAUCAACGUCACUCUACAAUCCCAUCGUUCGACCCCGAUGUACCCUUGGUCACACUCACACCAUUGCCAAUGCCACCUGCUGCCUCGCCCUCGUCUGCCGCAGCAAUGGCCGCUCCUACCUUCAAACCAAACAACCAAGGCAAUGCACAUCCUCCACCAAACAUGAAGAUAUGUUUCUCCUUCGCCAACACUGGACACUGCAAGAAUACAUCGACCUGCAAUUACUCCCAUCUGACAAUGGCCCAGAUCAAGCAGAAUGGUCUGGAGCACCAGUUGCAGGGACAUGUUGGUAACAACAAUGCCACUGGAAAGAAGAGAAAGGCCACCAAACAGAAGAAGAAGAAUGAUGGCAAGUCACAUAGACAUCAUGGUGCUUCAGAUGACUCAUCUGGUGCAGGAUCAGAUUAUGAAUCACCCGCAACCGGCGCAAACGCAUCAGCAGAUCUGUCAUACAUCAGCUCUUUACUGUAA